ACAACAGCAUCCACCACAACGACUGAUCCCCCAAUCUCCAAAUCAAUGCAAAAGAAACUCCGCAAACAAGCCGAAUGGGAUGCCAAAAAGGGUGAGCGCAAAAUCUGGCGCAAGGAAAAGAACCAAGCGAAGAAAGAGCGCAAACGCGAAGAACGGCGCACCAACCCGGACGCCUGGAAGGAAAAGCAAAAGGCCUGGGUGCGACCUACAAUGCUACCCAUAACCUUCGUCAUCGAUUGCGAUUUCGACAAUCUGAUGAGAGAUAACGAGAGGAUUUCCCUGGGAGGGCAAUUGACGAGAUGUUAUUCUGACAAUAAGAAUGCUGCGUUUAGAGCUCAUCUUGCCGUGUGCAGUUUCAAUGGAAAGUUGAGGGACAGAUUUGAUGGUAUUCUCAACAAGAGUUAUCAGAAUUGGAAGGGUGUGAGGUUUUUGGAUGAGGAUUUCGUAAUCGCUGGGGAAAAGGCAAAGGAGUGGAUGGCAGACGAUAAAAAGGGUGGACGAUUGGGAACCCUGAAGCAACAAGCCGAAACCAUCUACCUCUCCGCCGACUCCGACGUCACCCUCACGGAACUGAAACCCUUCAGCACCUACAUAAUCGGCGGCCUCGUAGACAAGAACCGCGAAAAGGGAAUCUGUCAAGCCCGCGCCGAAGCCGCUGGUAUCAAAACCGCCAGACUUCCCAUUGGCGACUAUCUAGCCAUGGCGAGCAGAAAGGUGCUCACUACAAACCACGUGCAUGAGAUUAUGCUGAAGUGGUUGGAAUGUGGGGAUUGGGGCGAGGCGUUUAUGAAGGUCAUCCCCAAGAGAAAGGGAGGACAGUUGAAGGGGUAUGCAGGGGAGGGUGGAGAAGGCGAUGACGAUGAAGACGAGGAAGGUGAUGCCGAUAAUGAAAACGACGACGUGCAGGAUAUCGAAGACAAAGAGGAAGAAGAUGCCGAGGAGCAAAAUGAG